AUGAAGGCUUACGCUGUUGUCCUAUCCCUCGUUACUCUGGCAGUCGCCCAGAACAACGGAGGAGCCGCGCCCGCUCCCGCUCCCGCCCCGGCGGCUGGAGAUACCCCCGCUUGCGCUGAGGCGAAGAUUCUGGCCGGCGGCAUUGCUCUGAAUAUCGAGGUCCAGCAGCAGGAGGUGAACGGCGCCAAUGCCGUCAUGCAGGCUCUCCAGGCCAACCCUCCCAACCCCCAGCAGUUCCAGACCGCCAAGUCCAACCUGUUGUCCUUCGUCAGCGACGGUAUCCAGCUCAGACAGGCCAACCAGCUGAUCGCCCCCUCCGGAAACAUGGCUACUCAGGGACUCGCCGUUGUCGCCAAUGCUCAGCUGACUGAGCUGCAAAAGGUUGCUGGUCUCACCGGCAACCCCGCGCAAGACAUGCCUGUCGUCCAGUCUCUCAUGAUGGAUUUCUCUGGUGGUAUCAAGAAGAACAUGGAGAACCAGCAACUGGCCGUCCAGGGCGCUUGCUAG